UAAGGCGAUAACAUAAGAUAUUGAACAUUAUUUAGCGUAUUUCACUAACGUACCUGUAGCUACGUGGGUUCACAUGGUGUUGUGACUCAGCACUCACGAAAACAACUCAUCCACUGCUCGUUCAACUGCGUCACUAUAUCGGCUGGAAUUCCACCAGCAGCCGGAAUAAGAAAAAGAAAACAGAUUUGCAGAAUAAUAGCACUAUAUUUAAGGAACUUGGUAUUUGACUAUACAAAUGCACUAAACGUAUUAUUUGUCAUUCCACAUUCGUGGGAACAUAUACAUCCAUAGAAUUGCUCAGUUCCAGACCUCUACGUCACCACUCGUAUGAGGAAGCGAGGCAACAUCCGGACACAAACAAACACAUAAUCAGGUAGUAAUGCAAUCGACACAGACCCUGUCGCUAAAAGGCUCAUCUAUGUAAGUGAGUGCGUGUAGUUUCUGUGAGCUUCACCUUUGUAGAGAUGAAGCUUUUAUUGUGAAAAGUGGAAGUGUGGUUGUCAUUGAUUAUUACCAACGAGUUAUAUCUUCUAUCGGCGAUUGAAAGACUUGGAGCGGCAGCGAACAGGAUACUGACAUCCAGGCAGCAGCAGCAAAACCAGCUGUGAUAACCACAGGCAUGAUGGGAGUCCCUGUGUUCUGUGUGGUGGUGCUAGCAUUCAUCUGUAACAGCCACACCCUGGAAAUACAAAACCCUCUCUACAGGUUCAAAAGGUCUCAGGAAAAUAUCUCAUUAGAUCCCAUCGAUUGUGUGUCCAGGACCAAGCAGCAGGUCUUUACAAACUCUCACAACUUCUCUCUGGAUAUUCGGAUGCCUGGUGUUGUCCCAACUGAGUCGGACACUUACCUGUGCACAGCAUUUUCUCUGCCAACUAGUCGAGAUGCAUAUAUUGUGGACUUCAUGCCUCAUGCCAAUAUGGACACAGUUCAUCACAUGCUUCUGUUUGGCUGCCAGACUCCGGUGUCCUCCAGCAGCUACUGGGACUGUGGCGGUGUACAAGGCACGUGUGAGGAUGAAGCAUCCAUUAUGUAUGCCUGGGCUCGGAAUGCACCACCCACUAGAUUACCCAAAGAUGUUGGUUUUAAAGUUGGAAGAAGUUCUGGAAUGUCCCACCUUGUGCUGCAGAUCCAUUAUGGAGACGUCAGUGCUUUCAAAGACCAUCAUAGAGAUUGCUCAGGAGUUACCUUAAGAAUGACAUCCAAACUGCAGCCAUUCAUUGCUGGCAUAUACCUGCUCAUGUCUGUGGACACAAUUAUCCUUCCAGGAAAAAGAGUUACAAAUGCAGACAUCGCCUGUGAUUACACUUCAUAUCCCAUCUACCCGUUUGCCUUCAGGACCCACACACACCACCUUGGUAAAGUGGUCAGUGGCUACAGGAUCCGAGAAGGGAAGUGGAACCUGAUUGGGAGACAGUCCCCUCAGCUACCACAGGCUUUCUAUCCUGCUAACGAGGAGGUGAAUGUGAAGUAUGGUGAUACAAUUGCAGCCAGAUGUGUGUUCACUGGGGAGGGCAGAACCUUCAAAACAUAUAUUGGCGGUACCUCUGAUGAUGAAAUGUGCAACUUCUAUAUAAUGUACUACAUGGACAGCAAACAUGCCAUCCCCUACAUGAACUGCAUGGAGUCCGGCACCAAAGAUCUGUUCCAGCACAUUCCAGCUGAGGCCAACAUUCCCAUCGCUGUCAGUCCAGGUCAUAUGAACUCUAUGAUGCAUAUGGGGCACUCAACAGACCAUCAAGAUAACAAAUUGAUGUUGGAUGAAAACAAAGCAGAGCAGGCUCUGGAUCAGGACUACCAUUUGGAGCAAGUCUCAGCGUGGCCUCAAAGUUCUCUCCAGUUGGGUCAGGUGUCAGGACUUGCCCUCGACUCAGAUGCUAACUUGGUCAUUUUCCACAGAGGAGACCACCACUGGGGGUCAAGCUCUUUUAACAGCCAGGCUAGAUACCAGCAGAGGUCCCAAGGACCUAUUCAGCAGUCCACUAUUUUGGUUGUGGACCCAGCCAAAGGCAACAUUCUGAAGGCAUCUGGCAGAGAUAUGUUUUUUUUGCCUCAUGGAAUAACAACAGACAAGAAUAAUAAUUACUGGGUCACUGAUGUGGCUCUUCAUCAGGUGUUAAAAGUGAGCAGCGAUGGCAGAGACACAACGUUGCUGGCACUUGGAGAGGCUUUCACGCCAGGAAGUGACAACAACCACUUUUGCCAGCCCACUGAUGUGGCUGUAGACACUGAGACUGGGAACAUCUUUGUGUCUGAUGGCUACUGCAAUGCCAGGAUCCUGAAGUUCUCAGCUGAGGGCAAAUACCUGUCUCAGUGGGGUGCAGGCUCAUCAGAAAGGAAAAGGCGCAUACCGUUCCGGGUCCCCCACAGCCUGGUGUUCCUUCCUGACAGACAAGAAGUUUGUGUGGCUGACAGGGAGAACGGGCGUAUCCAGUGCUUCAUAGCCCAAACUGGAGAGUUUGUCAAGGAAAUAAAGAAAGAGGAGUUUGGAGGGGAGGUGUUUGCUAUCAGCUACAGCCCUGCUGGAGAUGGCUUUAUCUUUGCAGUAAAUGGGGAAUCUCCAUACCGCUCAACUCCACUCAGAGGUUUUGUAAUAGAUUAUUCAACCAUGGAUAUUUUGGAUACCUUCAACCCAGAGAAAAAGGAGUUUAAAAUGCCUCACGACAUAGUUGAAACCAGGGAUGGUAGCGUCUUUGUCGGGGAUGCAGGCAGUAAAUCAGUCUUCAAGUUCACCACUGACAAGUUACAUCGCUCUGUCAAGAAAGCUGGUAUCGAGGUUCAAGAACUUGAUGAAAUGGAGACAUUUGUCCGAACUAAGGUGAGGCCAGAGCACAACAUGUCAAAGACAGCAGCCAUCCAAGAGAAGCAAACUGUGUCUCUGCAGCCUCAACCACAGGAAGAGGCAGAAGAGGAGAAGAAGAAGAGUGCAGCAAAGCCAAACAGAGAGCACGGUGUACUCCCAGCUAUUAUCACCACCCUGCUGCUCAUCCCGCUACUGGUGGUCAUCUCCAUUGGACUCUUCAUCUGCUGGAGAAAAAACAACGCAUGUGAGGUGAAAACUGAACCCAGUUCUGUGCGAGGGAUCUUGGGAAAAAUAAGAGGUAAAGCUGUGGGCAGUCUGAACCUGGGGAACUUCUUUGCGUCCCAUAAGGGUUACAGUCGUCGGGGCUUUGACCAGCUGAGUACUGAAGGCAGCGACCAGGAGAGGAACGACGGGGACAGCAGCGACUCUGAGAAUGAGGAGUACUCUGCUCUGCCACCUCCUCCGUCCUCCUCUUAGACACUCGGGCCAGCCACCAACUUCCUGCUUACAUUGCCAAGAUGUAUAUUAUUCAUCAUGUGUGUAACUGUUGUGUUAGCUGCCAAUGUUAUUGUUUAUAUAUUUAAAAAUAUGUUGUAUAUAAAAAUAAUUUAGCAUCAUUUGGACAAUUUAUUUAAUCUUAAUUGAAUUAACCCACGGUCUUGAUACAGCCUUGUUGACACAAUUCACACAUAUCACUAUGACAGAUUGUUUUCCCCUAAUCCAACUGGCCUUCAGUAAAAUGAUCAACACAAUCCUCUGAUUCAGCCUUAAGACAAGAACAAGAACGUUCAAAGGACUUUCUUGAAAUGAGCAUCAGGAACUUGUAUUGUAAAGAGUUGAAAACAGAUCGAAGCCCAUUGCUGGAUUUUUAUUUUAACUCAUAGCACACUUCACAAAAUGACUUAACUAGAUGGAGAAUUUCUGUGACUGAAAGGUGUCAAGUAUUACACAGUUAGACAAUUGAUUCAUUUGUACUCAAAGCGACCUGUUUGAAACCUGAAGGGCUCCGUUUUCAUAGCGGCAGAGCAGCAUAUGCAGCACUGUGACAGUUUGCUUUGUUCCUGAUGAUGACAUUCGCUUCGCCGUCUGUUUGCCUGGUGCACAGGGACCACGAGAGGAAUCCCUCUCAAUCACUUAUGACGAGUGUGUCACUAUUCCCCAAAUCCGUGAUUGGAUUUUACUUUUGAUUUUAAGGUCACGAUUCCAUUCAAAUUUUGAUUAAAACAUUUCGCCAAACACUUUGCUGGGCGCUGUUUUCUUUGCUGAAGGCCCUAUUUGUUGCUGCAGUCUCUAAAUCUCCAGCAGCCUACAAACUGUAGUUUUUUCUGUUAACUACCUGUUCGUUGUUCACAUAACUCACUGGGAGGCCUAUGUUACUGCGUCCCUGAAGUCACCAGUCAGGGAAGCAGGAGGAUUGUUUCUAUGUCAACUCCGGCAGUGGUCAUUGGUUCUUGAAAAGUGCAGCUGCUGUCUACUGGUUAGCUACGCUGUGUCAUCUUUGAAGGGUUUUAUUCCUUUGAACACAUGCAACAAGGCGGGGGGGAGAGAAAAAACAACAGCAAGCAACAAUGUGACUACACAUUGUACCUUUAAGAUCAUUACAUUUCUGCAGACACUUGAAGGAAUCAGGACACAUGCAGCAGACUGCAGUUCCACUACGCAUGGCCCAAGAAAUACCUUGAUAACAGGCUGGCCAGUGAAACACAGCUGUUUAUGAGACAUCACAUGACCGGAGUUCAUGAAUCAAGUGCAUCAACUACAAGUUAUUAGAAAAAGUGGCAUUUCAUACAAAAUGUGGCCAUUUAACUCCUAAGAAGAUAAAAGACUGACAUUGUAUUGAAAUGAGGUGAUCAUGUAAAAUUGUAAUUGUAGUAAAUCCUGUAAAGUAUGUAAACCCCCCCCCCCCCCCACCACACAUCUGCCUCUGACAGAUGUGUGGUGCUGUGUUCACAUCGUGCCGCUCUGCACUAAACAGACAAAAAUCCGAUUUCCUGUAUAAGCAACUUGUCAUCUGUUCUUGUUGAGCUGUCGUACCUCACUGUGAUUGGCUUAGCUGUUUCAGAGAGAUGAGAGCAGUGAUUUGAUUGACCGUAUUUAUUAAUCACACUCAUCUUUAAUCCAAAAGUAGCGAGUGAGCUUAAAUGCAGUCCGUGGUCCAUAGAUCUUUGUGCUUGCUCCAUUAAGAUAGAGCCCGAAGAAAAGAAGAGAGACCUCCUGUUGGCUGUUUAUUUAGCUGUUCAGUGUUUUAGUUCAGCCGAGUCAGACCUGGACAUGAAUACAGUGUUUCAUGGAAUCUCAAUAUCUGAGUAAGAAUUAAAUCAAGCAGGAUUAAUUAUAGAUUAUAGAUUUAUUGUGAUGUUAGAAAUAAAUACUUUAACAACACUGAUAUAACAUAUAGUAUAGACCGUUUAGUUUUACUGGACAAAUGCAUCCUUCCUUCAAUAAAUCUAUUACAUGUGUUAAAGCAACACACACAGCAUUAGUUCAACAUGAUGUUUGGUCCAAGUUCAGUAACAUUUCACUUGUAAUUUUGUGCAUUCUUACAUCUGUAUGUUGCCUUUCUUCAGCACCUGCCAUUACAAAAUGUACCAUGGGAUGAGAACAGCUGCUGCUUGUAGAGCUUGUACUGUAUUGAUUUCUCUUCCAUUCAAGUGAACAGAAAAUGGAUGUUACUAUAUGUAUAUUUAUGUCUGUAUAUUUGUGUGAGUGUGUGUGUGCACGAUGCCAAUCAAACAGCCAAGUCUCAAGCACUGUAACUAUUACAACAAUCUUACAAACUUCCAAUAAUAUAAAGAAACAACAUGAAUUGAGAAAUAAUUGCUACAUACAUAUUGUAACUUAAAGGAACCAGAUCGGCCUGUUGGGAAGCUUUUAGCUCCUGACCAACAAAUCCUUGAUAUUUUUGUGCUCUCUUUUUAAAUGCACACUGUACUCUCACAACUUAUUUGAGUUGAGUAAUCCAAAGCAAAGAACAUUAUUGGUUUGGUGAUCCAGUAAAAGUGAAGAGUAGUGCACUGCAUGGCCUAAUAUUGUAGGGCUACAACUAAAAUAUUUUUCAUUGAUUAAUCUGGCAGUUUUUUCUGGAUCAAUUGUCUCAUCUAUAAAAUAUCAGACAAUAUUUGAAAGUAUCCAUCUUCAUUCCUGUGAGCUCAAAUUGAAAUAUUAAAAUAUCUUGUUUUGUCGGACCAUCUGUCCAAAGCAAAAGAUACUAAUGAUAUAGAUGACAGAAAACUAGCAAAUAUUCAGAUUUGAGAAGCGUGUGUAGUUCUGUAAUGCUUGUCUUCAUUAGGGCGGUCCUCAAGUGCAUGUCUGCGUUUAAUGGUUCUGUAUCAGCAGUGUGAUCUUUUGUGUAUUGUGAAUCGUGCACAGGUACAUCAGCUGUUGAAAAGUUCAUUACAAUGUUUCAACCUGGAAUUGUUUCUCAACUACACCUGAGUACAGGAAACAUGUUCACUCAAACCUACGCCACAAGUCAUUGGUUGUCAAUCAAAGUAUGUAAUUCAGUGAAAUCUGAAUCAAGGACAUGGGUAGCCCUAAUAACAAUGCAUCAAUUAAUGUCCAUUAAUAUAAGCUAAUCCACUACACACAUCAUACAAAAAUACACAGACACAGAGAUGACACAAAAAUGGUGGGAUGAAGAGUAUGUUGCUUUCCCAAUCAGAAUAUUCAGUUUAAUUCUGUAUCCUCGGGUUUCAUUUCAUUUCCUCAAUCUUUCAUCAACCUAUUCUUAAAUUUCAUCCUGUAUUCUCAGACCCUAAUCAAAUAUUUUGUUUGUACCAAUAUCUAUUACAUCUACCAUAUCUGUAUUUGUCAUACACUUUGUAUGAAUGAAUUCCUUAAUGGCAUGCACGAGAAAUUGCAUUUCCAAUGUUGCAGUCAUGUGUGGGCUAUCUGAUAUUUAUUUUGACAGCAUAAUUUGCAGCAAGAGUACUAUUUUCAGUAACUAUGUUAUUUGUGUAAUAAAGUAUCUGCAAAGUA